CGCGCACAAGAUGAAUCCGGGUUGGGCGUCUGCGAUGAAACUGUUACGUUUACGGCGAUAGGCUAAACAAGAACCGAAUCAUGCGCAUGAUGGAAGAACACUUUUUUAAAGCGGGGUGUUUGUGCGCAUGACUGUAGAGUCCCGUUUCUCUGCUAGUGUCCAGCUGGAUUAUCAACAACCUGACAGACAUGGGAAACCUGGACGUUUGCUGGGACAAUGUGAGUUUUCACAGCCUAACAAUCUGGAAUAUGUGAAUUCUGAAUAUGGAAAGAAUGCAGUGAGACUCCUGUACAUUCGAAGAGAGGGCAAGAUACACUGCAUUAAAGAACUGGAAAUCUCUUUACAUAUAAGAUUGAAUAGUGUCAAUGAAUAUGUGAAUAGUGAUAAUUCAUGUGUAAUUCCCACAGACACCAUCAAAAAUACAAUCCAGGCUUUGGCAAAAUGCAGAGGGAUCAGAACAAUAGAAGAAUUUGGCCUCGAGCUGAGUGAGCACUUUCUCACACAAUAUUGCCAUGUGAUAUACUGCAAUGUCUUUAUUCAAGAAGUGCCAUGGCAACGUCUGGAAAAGGAUGGCGUCCCACAUGCCCAUGCUUUUCUGUAUAGUUCUGAAGGAGUUCGCUUUUGUGAAGUGGAACGGAAUUUGAACUGUCCUCCAAAUGUUUUCUCUGGCAUUAAGGAUCUGAAAAUUAUGAAGACAACCCAAUCUGGCUUUGCAGACUUCUUCAAGGAUAAAUACACCACACUCCCAGACAGGAGAGACCGAGUGUUGUCAGUAGAAUCGCUGAUCAAAUGGUGCUAUGGUGACUGCACAGGAUGCUUGGACUAUGACUGCUUAUGGAGAACUGCCCAUGAAGCUGCCCUAGAUGCCUUUGCUGGACCACCUGACUCUGGCCAUUUCUCACCUUCUUACCAGAGAACUGUCAACCGUAUUCAGACAUACAUCCUGGAGAGGAUCCCACAGGUUGAUGAGGUGGAAGUGAUCAUGUCCAACAUUCACUAUUGUGUGGCAGAUCUAGACAAACUGGGAUUGAGCAAUGACAAAGAAAUCUUGACUCCUCAAGAUACACCAUUUGGCGCUUGUGCAACUACAUUGCGUAGGAAGAAGGGCCCUGGAGGAGAAUGCCCACAACCGAUGGAAUGCAACCCUCGUCAUGGUGUUCCAUGGAAGGGUGAUCAUAUGAUGAAGUGAGCAGCCAACUCCCUCCUCAUCAGAACAUUACAUUUAACAACUCUUUUAUUGCCAUGUGUUUUGCUCUGUAUUAUUCUCCAUAGUACUAUGGUUCCACAUGUAAAUGUAACUGAAUUUUUUAAGGAUUACAUGAAGGAAAUCAUAUACUGACAUCACAGUGAAUUUCCUUUUGCUUCAUUUGAAAAAACUGAAUAUUGAAAGAAGCUCACCUGGAACAGAAUGAUUUUCAAGCUUCUUUUAGAAAUUAGCAUAUUAGGGAAGGUUUGUAUAGGUUUUUUGCAUACAUGAAGAUACUCAGUGAGUUCUUUAAAGCAAUUAGCAAGUCUUUUGAUUUACAUUUAGAAGAUUAUAUAUGAUAUGUAUAUACAGGAGAGAGUGAGAGAGAUUUAUGUGCCAAAUCCUGUGGUUUCAAAUGGAGCUACACUAGCUGGGGAUCCCAACCUUCCUCCAUUUAACAAACCUUGAAUUGUCCUUAUCAGAUUAAAUUAUAGCUGUUAAAUGAGUCAAAUUAAUUGGUAGUAGUACAGUCUGCACAGAUUGUAUAACUUAGUCAUAAUUAUAAUAAUUGAUCAUAAUAGUAGGAGUGCAAAAUGUUGACCAACAGACAUUUAUGUGCUAACAGUACUCUACUACUGCAUUUUUGCCCUCUUCUUCAAAAACCUUGGAGUGUACAUAAAGGGGCAAACAACUAAUUUAAUUUGUUUAAUUGAUAAUAAGAAGAGCCACCUUUAAUAUCCUUCAACCUUUCCAACAGUUCCUUCACUUUAAUACUUUUCUACUUCUAAGCAAGCAGAUGUGACCAUCAAAGCAAAAUAUAUGUGUAUUUGUAUUUUUUAAAUUGUAAAACUAAGAUUCUCAGAAAUGCUUGCUAUAUGUUAGAAUUCCAAGAGCAUUUCCCCCCUUCUAAAUUAAGCUGGGGGAGACAGCAGAAUGGAAUACACUAAUCCAAUAUUGUCUCUACUAGUGCGUCCAUUUGCUUCCCGCCAUGAUUGUGUAGGGAUCUUAUAUGACAAAAAAGUUAUAUCGCUCUUCAACUUUUACCCACACAAAACAUAUUGGACUAAUCUAAAGGUUCAAGUGCCCAUCACCCAGAGAAAUGCGUCAAGGGAUCUUGAAUGAUUUAGGGUUUGGUUACGACCUGAAUUUUAAUGCCACCUCAUGAUCCUCAAAUUGACAACCCAUUUGAAAUAUUGUGAUAACUUGUACAUACCAUUUACUCUCUAGAGCAUACAACUGAAUACAUUUUUUACAAAGCCAAGCUAGGUGAAGUUAGUGGAGAUUAAUAAGGCUCGAUUAGAUAUCUUACUUUUACCUGCAACUCUGCAAUAUUCCCUAUCUCCUACCAUUUGCUUUUAAAGGUCAAAGUAGCAUCAGCAAUACAAGUCUUGUAGCCUGCUUGUCAAAUAAGUUUCUAGAAGCUUUUCUAUAUCUAUUUCAUCUUCAGUAGUAGGACUGGCUGGAAAAAAGAUUUCACAUACUAUCCAACAGAUUGUCCAACCCUUCUGUUUUCAGAGAAUAAUUUGCCUUUGCUUAUUGACAGUACCAGGUCCAUUUCGCCUUUGGCUUUCUUUGGCUGUUUGAGCUUCUCUUUUCUUUGGUGAGUUGUUGUUCUGGCUCCAGUUCUCUGCACCGCAUGCCACAAGUUGUUUUCAAUUAGAGGCAAGAAACCCAUUUCCUUUCUGUAGCAGACAUGUUCUUGUUUUACUGAAGAAGGGAGCCAUAGAAUUCAACCCAUUGUUUUUAACAAGACCUUUUUCCUUUUCUUCACAAGUACAUUGAGAUUGAAUUUGUAUUAACUCUGAUGAACUGGUGUUCCUGAUUUUGUUAUAAUACAUGCUUUUGAGAAACUUAUUGGAUAGGAAAAUUAUCUCUCCAACAUGCAGAAACUUGCUAGUACAUAAAAUUCCAAAGCCUCCAUGGCUUACACCAUAAGAAUUUCAGAAGGAUUCCAGUCUUUCCUGCCUUGGAAUGACAAUACUAAAGAAUGGACAUGACUUGGAAUGUACAUUACUUUGGACUCUUGUGUUGGCCAGAUGAUGACCUUGUAUUUUGGUCUUUGGCAUUUUUAAUUAUUUAUCUCAUGCCUACAUCCUACCAGACAGCUACCUGUUGCAUUUGAAUGAGUUCUAGAUUUUCUGUUUCUUAACAUUAUAAUUUCAUGGGGUUGGUUGUGAGGGUUCUAUGUAUCUUUUUAUGGGUGAAUAAAGAGCAAAGAUUAAAAAAACUUGGAUCUGUUUAUUCAGCUAAAUAUGAAACUCUGUAGGUUUCAAAAUAUAAACUUUAUUAUACAUUAA